AUGACCCUCAGGGCGAUCCGGUUGGUUUUCCCAUCGGUGGCUAGCGCUUUGAAAACCGCAAAUGCUGUUCAGAAGGCAUCCCUGCAUAUGACAGCGGCAAGGAAGCUGGAGUACGGCUGGUGGGCGUACGCACUGGGGGAGAGGACCACGCCGCGCUUGAAACCAUCCAGCAAAAUCAUUUCGGUGGAUGGCAAUUUGGCAUCAGGAAAAGGAGCGCUGGCACAGAAGCUGGCAGACAGGCUAGGGAUGCUCUACAUGCCUGAACCCGACACCUUCUACUUGGACAAGAUGUCUGGAGAUAAGCAGCCUCUCCCAGUCGACUUCAAUGGGAUGUGCAGCCUGGAGAAGUUCUACACUGACCCGAAAGCCGCUGACGGGAAUAGCUACAGGCUGCAGCUGUGGAUGUACGGCAUUCGUCUGAUGCAGUACUCAGACGCCAUCGAACAUCUGCUUACUACAGGCCAAGGUGUCAUCCUGGAACGUUCACCAUUCAGCGAUAUGGUGUUCCUGGAUGCCAUGUUUAAACAGGGGUACAUCAGAAAAGAAUGUGUGGAGCACUAUAACGAGAUAAAACACAUCAGCAUCUGCGAGUUCCUGCCUCCACACCUCGUCAUCUAUGUGGACGUUCCCGCUGAGGAGGUGCAGAAGAACCUGACGCAAAGUGGCAAGGCUUACCUUCAAAAUGUGCCACUGGCAUAUCUGAAGAGCAUCGAAGACUGCUACAAGAAGACAUUUCUACCACAAAUCAGUGAGACGUCUGAGCUGCUGGCGUACAACGCUACCCAAGCACAAGAUAUUGAGAGGGUGGCAGAGGACAUUGACUAUUUGAAGUUUGAAAAAGGCCCAUGGCUGGAACAGGAUGAUGUCACCUACCAUUACAUGAGAAUGCUUGUUGAAGACAAACAUAAGGUGGCAUCAUUGACCCACAUACCCAGGUUCCUGCCCGAGAUCACCAUCGGAGGGCACGACUACCAUGAUAAAUACUACGCUUUUAAAGCGCUUCCUGGGAAGAAAUAUGCUCAAGGCUAUAAUGCCGACAUUGGAGACAAGUACAUUUGGCUCAAGUGA